UGAAGGCGUUCGUCCAAGCGACAUUGGUCUUCGCGGUGGGUGGAUAAGUAAUCCUCUGUUAUCAAAGCCAUCACAGCGCAAAAUCAAGUGAAAAAUGACGGAAACUCUUCUGCACAGAGGUGACCUCGUCGGGCACAAUGGAUGGGUCACCCAAAUUGCCACCAAUCCAAAAUAUCCCGACAUGAUCUUGUCUUCUUCACGAGACAAGACUUUGAUUGUUUGGAAAUUGACACGUGACGAGGGUCACUACGGUGUACCUCAAAAACGUUUAUACGGUCACUCCCACUUCAUCAGCGACGUAGUUCUCUCGUCUGAUGGAAACUACGCCCUGUCUGGCUCAUGGGACAAGACCUUGAGGCUUUGGGACUUGGCAGCUGGUCGCACGACAAGAAGGUUUGAAGACCAUACCCAGGAUGUUCUGAGUGUUGCUUUCUCAGUUGACAAUCGUCAAAUCGUCUCAGGUUCGCGAGACAAGACAAUCAAGUUGUGGAAUACAUUGGCUGAAUGUAAAUACACAAUUCAAGAAGAUGGACACUCUGACUGGGUCAGCUGUGUUAGGUUUUCGCCAAACCACUCCAAUCCUAUCAUUGUGUCUGCUGGUUGGGAUCGCACUGUUAAGGUUUGGAACUUGACCAAUUGUCGCCUUAAGAUCAACCACAAUGGUCACAGUGGUUAUCUGAACACGGUAACCGUCUCUCCCGAUGGUUCUCUUUGUGCUUCUGGUGGCAAGGAUAACAAAGCCAUGCUGUGGGAUUUGAAUGACGGAAAGCACUUGCACACCCUGGACCACAACGACAUCAUAACUGCUUUGUGCUUCAGCCCUAAUCGGUAUUGGCUCUGUGCUGCUUAUGGUCCUCACAUCAAGAUCUGGGAUCUUGAAUUGAAAGAAAUGGUUCAAGAACUCGUACCAACAGUACCAAACCAGACACUCAACAAAGAACUUCCCAAGUGUUUGUCUUUGGCUUGGUCCACCGAUGGUCAAACUUUGUUUGCUGGUUACUCUGACAAUAUUAUUAGAGUAUGGCAAGUUUCCAUCUCGAGCCGUUAACUUUUGUAAAAAGAUGAUAAAUAAAUAGACUGAAAGAAA